AUGUCAAUAUUUCGCAGUGUUGGUUUAAAUGGCGAAAAGGUUCACUUGAGCAGAAGUGCAGUGUUGCUGGGAAGCGCGUGUGUCGCUGGAACUGUUGCACUUUAUUGGUACUAUCGGAGGUGUCGUAAUAAGAUUAAAGAUGGAAAUGAUCCUUCAUCUGCGACAACUUUUGGGUUGGAUGGACUGGAGCUUUCAAAAAAGCAUAAGGAGUGUGGUAAUCAGUUUUUUAGAAGGGGGGAAUAUCAGUCUGCAUUGAAAGCAUUUAAUAAAGCGAUCGAAACGUGUCCGAAGGAGGAAGUAAAACAUCUUGCUAUUUGCUACCAGAAUCGGGCAGCCACUUACGAUCGCUUGGGUGAAACACAGAAAUCAAUCGAUGAUUGUACUGUUGCGCUGCGAUUCGACAAAGUUUAUUUGAAAGCUAUUGUACGUCGCGCUAAAGCCCACAAGCUUUUGAAACAUUAUCAAGAGGCAUUAGACGGUAAGCAACAUAUUUACUAUGCUCGAUAUGUUGAUGCGAACGAUUCAUCAAACCUAGCUAACGACCUGAUAGAUGUUAUCAAUCCUCUUGCCGCUCUAGUCCUCCAAGAAAUUACGGACGAACGAGGUUCAACUCCAAUCCCAGUUCGAGACGAAUCUGUCUUAGUGUGGCAUAAUUGUUUUACAAAUGAUCCAAUCCUCAAUGAUCUUGACAAUCCCAAAUUAGACAGCGGUCUAUAUGGACGUGCAUUGGAAGCAAUACGAGAAUGUCGUUACGAAGAAGUUAUUCCACUUUUGGAGCAAGAAAUGCCACAAAUUACUGAACCAACAGAAAUUUUACGUGAUUCCGUGCUAUUGAUUCGUUUCGCUUUCAUGAAAGAAGAUCAAAAGAUCAGUCGGGCUCUCUUCUGCUGGGUAGAACAUUGUUCCAAUAUUGUCGUGAAUGUCCUCAGUGAAUUUCAUCAUCUGACAGCAGAGAAACUGCUACGUGUUCACUCUCCAAGCGAACUAGCAGCUCAGCGGUUUUGCCUAAACCAUGGCAACAAAGCAAGUUCGUUGAGCAUGCGCAUUGUAGGCACGGAAGUGCAUAAGAUAGGCUGUCAAACCAAAGUGUAUUUUAUCGCAAGAGAUUUCGAUCCGGCAAUACAGUUGGAUGGCGGGAAUGUUGAUAUAUACAUAGCUGCUUGGUUGUUAUAUUGUGAAAAGCUGGACACUGAAUCGGCGAUGAAAUAUUUAAAUCGUCUCGAACAAACUGCUCCCAAUCAUAACUUCCUCAAAUAUGCAAAAGCGGAUUGUCAACUUGCGAAUGCGAUCGCACAGGCCGACGUAUGUGCCACAUUGAGGUGUAUACAUGAUGCGUAUGAAAUAUUGAAGGAUGAUUCAGAAUCACAACCAAUUUUUUAUCUUCUUUCUGGCAAGUUAUUUUACGCGGCGGAGAACAGGGACCUUGCGCGAGAAUCUUUCGAAAAGGCUGUAGAAGCAUUUCCACAACACUCAGCCCCGACGACGUAUCUUGCGAUGAUUGAAGCAGAGAACUUGGAUGAAUCGAGUGAGAAGAUGAGACAGCUGGAAUCCAAAAUGAAGAGUCGCUUAGAAAUGGAAGAGGGUGAUCCAGAUGUGUUGGCAGUGUUAGCGAAAAUAGCUAUCAAAAGAAAUGACUAUCGCGAAGCGGUUGGUUUAUACAAGCAAUAUCUACUAUUGUGUCCUCUGCGCUAUCAUCAUUCGCGAGCUGUUCCAGCCAUCAUAAAUUACAUGCAAAUUAAGGCAAUGAACGAAAUUCUGAAAGAUUUGAAUGAUCCUCAACGAUGA